UAUUUGUAUUUUGUGUAUUUAAUAAAAAUCUGAAAGAAAACUUGAAUUAAAAAUUGCGGAUUUUUUCAGAUAAAAUGUCGGAUUGUCAGACCCCAGAGGAGCUGGAGGAACUCAGAAGUGUACUGCAAGAACGAAUAUCUCUUGGAGAAAAACUGUUAAAUGAUUUGGCGCAGCCCAGCUUCAGAAAAGUUGUAGGAAUUGCUAAGCUGGAGAAAAAGGUGAAGCAGGAAAUGAAAUUCCUUCAAAAGUUUCAAAUUAAGGAUAGUUUACCUGAGUUAAAGAAAGAGCAUAUACAGUGCAGUAACCUAGUUCAUCUUCAUUCUAUUAUUCAUCAACUGUUCAGAGUUAAAACCCCUGUUUCAGUUCUUCAACCCUUCAACCUGUAUGACGAAGAUGGACGUGUUGUAAAGAAGGUGAACGUGGAUAUUGUCUGCGAAGGAGGGUUCACUUGGCUCAAGGUUAUUGCUAGGAAUCCUAAAGCUCUGGAGCUAAAUUCUCAGGGAAGUAGUCAGUAUGGACAAAGAAGCAUUCUAGAUCAGGUCCGAGAAUUUGUACUCUGCAGUAAACAAAACCAGAAAAUGUUCAGAAAUCCACAGGUUGUGUUUGCGUUUGCUAAUGGGGUCACACAGUCUCUUGCGGACACUGUUAAAAAGAAGGGUGCCACGGUGUUUGGCGAGAUCCUGAAAUCUGAGGAUGAUCUUCUCCAAGAAGACUCUUCGUCCGGUUCAGAAGAUGAUGAUGAUGAUGAUAAGGAUGAUGAAGUUGAUGAGAUAAGGGUUGAUGAAAUCAAUAUCUGUGAUAAUCUUCAAGACACCCAGGAGAAGAUAGAUGAUACAAAGAUAAACCUUGAUAUAACUGCUAUGAUUGCCUACGUGUCCUCACUAACCAACGGAAAUUCAAACUUUGUUUUUGAGGAGCCAAUACUUGCCCAGCAAGCUGAGUGGGAGAGAAUUCGACCUGUUAAACCAUUUCUUGAUAAAGUUUUCUGUGAUCAUACUCUAGUCUGUUGUGAAUCAGCUCUCAAGGAUUUCCAAACAAUUAUCAACACUUUAGGUGGAACUAGUGAGAGAACACGAGCAGAGGAAUUAAUUUCUAGAAUUCAUGUUGUCCCGGAUCAAGAGUCUGAAAAGAUUAAGAACCUCCAUAUAUCUGGUAAAAUCAAGGAUAGAUCUAGAGCUAUAUUUGGGACUGGGGACAAUCUCAAGAUUCUAACAGUUACAGCUAAUUCAGGGUUUGUAAGAGCUGCAGGAGGACAAGGAUUGAACCUGGCUGUAAUUAUUCAUGAGUCUAGAGCACUAACUGAGGGAAAACAAAUUAGAGCUUUAAAUCUGAAGGAAAUUGAAGAAUUGAAUAUUACGUCACAGCAUACUCAGGAAACCGUUGAUAGUUCAUGAUACUUUGUUACUAGUAAGAUCAUGAUAACCUGCAUAGUUCAUGAACCCUUACAUAGUUCUUGAUACCCUGCAUAGUUUAUGAUACAUUGUAUAGUUCUUGAUACCUUGCAUAGUACAUGAUACCUUGCAUAGUUCUUGAUACCUUGCAUAGUUCUUGAUACUCUGCAUAAUUUAUGAUACCUUGCAUGUAAAAGCAUAAUUUUUAUAUUCCUUUUUGAAACUUUUAAAGCAAAAUUUUGUGCUAUUAGAUAAUAAUCUUAGUCCGUUGUUUAUUUUAUUUACAAUCUAUAUAAUAAAACAAGACAUUCG